AUGUCGUGCAUUUAUGGCGGGUGGAAGGGAGAGGAGAGGGUCAGGGAGAGAAGAGAAGGGGAAUGUUAUUGUCUCACAAUCAAGAGACGGCCGCCGUCCGAACAAAACUGGCCGGACCCAAUUUAGCAGCCGAUGUCUUGGAGCUGUAGCCGUUAAGUGAGCACUGGCCAAAACAUAUAAGUUAUCUCUGUCACUAAUAAUAUUCGUUUUCCAGUUGGUUUUCAAUAGAAAAAACUUGAGUGUGGAUAUUAAUUGCUAGUAAAAAUGGAAAUCUCGACCUGGACAACCAAGACUAUUGUUCUAGUCACAUUGCUGUUCGCUGCUGUGGUGCAAGCAGCUGUGAUACCAGAGAAAGACAGGUGGCGCCAAGAUGAGAGUUGGGCAGAGGAGUACAACCUAGUUGAACCACCCCCCAACCAAAGACUGCAUCUCGUCAACUUUUUCGAAAAACCCCACGAGAAAUCGAAAUCGGCACCAUCAAUGAGCCUGAAGACAAUCAUCAAGGCUUUAUACCAGCUGAACGCGUUUGAUGACAAAUCUGCAAUGGAAGAUCAGAAUGUUGAAGACGAUAGACAAACUGAUGAAGAUACAAAACUGGAGGAGCUGAACCUGUCUCCAGAGGCCACUUCGAAGUCUCAGCAGCAAGAAUUCAGUGGCACUCCGUUCAACAUGGAAGAUACAACAGUGCCUCAGUUAUCCGUCGAGUUAUCCGCGCCAAAGGAAAGCGACACUUUUGAGUCACAUGAAGAGACAACCCGAAGUCUCGGCAUUCUACUUGAAGAUUUAGUUGACGCCGCUCACCUACCCACUCAUGUCGAGUCCGACAGAACUGAAAAAUUCACUCACUCAUUCCGUUAUGGGUAUGGCAUACCCUUCCAUCCCCAAGGAGUGUGAGAUGAAAUUCAUCAUCAUCAAUGAUAUCUCUACAUUGACAGCUUAAUGAUAUGACAUUGAUUCUUAUUGAUGAAUAUUGCUAGCUUAAUACAUGUAAAGUCAGUGAGAAAUUGAUUCUCAUUAAUGGAUAUUUAUAGCUUAAUACUUGUGGGGUUAAAUUGACCAUCAUUAAUGAUAUCUCAACAUUAAUACAGUAGCUUAAUAUUUGAAAAGUGAAUGGCAAAUUUAUUCUUAUUGAUGAAUUUAUAGCCUAAUACUUGUGAGAUGUAAUUUAUUGAUCAUCAUUGAUGAUAUCUCAACAUUGAUAGCUUAAUACUUGAAAAAUCAAUGAGAAAAUGAUUCUCAUUAAUGAAUAUUGAUAGCUUAAUACUUGAAAAAUCAAUGAGUCUUAAUCAAUUGUAGACAUUCAUUCAAGGAAAAACCAACAUUAAACAACCUACAGUUAUCUAUCGCUAGUCAUAGAAUUAAUGAAAUCAGCUUAUUUUAAUGAAUGAAUUUCUACGUUUUUUUAAGUGUAUGGGAUAUUUUUCAAUCAAUGUCAAUGACUUUAUAAAAAAAUUGAGAUAUCUUGCUUGAACCCUAUUUUCAAAGUGAUUUUUUCUCUUUACAAAGUUUAUAUUUCAACUGUGUGUUUCAAGAUCAUUAACUGAAUGAAAUUAAUUUUAUUCCAAUGAACACACAUUAAUUUCUUCAACUAUCAAGAUUAAUGCAUUGAUUAUCAGCUUAAAGCAUAAUUGAAAAUUAGUUAUAGGAUCUCAUUGGAUUGACAUUGAAGUCACUAUUUUUAUCAACUAGGAAGCAAAAUCUAUAAUUUAUUCUAGAGGAAUUCCAUUGAAAUCACCCGAUGGGAUGGAUCACUUGAUGAGUUGAAUUAUACAAUAUAGGUACCUCCUGUGAAAAUAUUGAGUUACCACUAGUGUUAUUCUACUUGUGUUACCGAUGGCAGAUUAAAGGAGCAAAAUAACACUACACAGAAUACUAACAUUUUGUCUUGUUUUAUUCUCAGUAACCUUUUCAGUUCUACAUUAAGUACCUACCUACUCACAAUUUUCAAUGAGAUUGAUUGAUAUUUUUUAUUCUAUUCAAUUUCAUAGAAUAUGAGUCUGUUUACACUCAAUAAAGAGUUUUUUUAAAUAACUAAAUUAACUGUUUUACUAAGCAGAUUAAUGAACCACAAAUUCAAAUGUAAAAUUUAUAUGAUAAAGUAUUUUUAUUUUUCAUCUAGCUAUCGAGAGAAUGUUGAUUCGCAUCCUUAUUUCAUUGAUAUACAAAUAUAUCAUACAGGAACAGCCUUGUAAAAUUCAAUUGAAUACAUUGUUGUUAUAUCGUAUU